CCGGCCCGGCCUGCUGUGGCGGCGGCACCGGCACCUCGGCCGGGCGGCUCCAUGGCUUUCAUCCGCAGGCGGCGGCUGGAGCGGGAGCUGUACUCCAAGGAGAGGUUUUCACUGCUUCUUCUUAACUUGGAAGAAUACUACUUUGAACAGCACACAGCGAAUCAUAUUAUAAAUAAAGAUUGCAAAGAUGAAAGAAAAUUCAGAGGCUCCCUAAAAAUCUGCUCAAAGUCAAUUAUUUUUGAACCAGAUGACAAUAUCCAGCCCAUUAUCAAGAUACCCUUGAGGGAUUGCACGAGUAUAAAAGCCCCAGAAGAUAAUGAAGCAAAUAACCCUUUCACACGGGAUACAUCUGGAGGGAUUUCUGUUGUAUGUAGCCAGGUUUUUCUCAUUAAAGAAAGAAAUGUUAUUGCACCCUAUAAAACAGUAAGAGGUAGAGCAGAACACUUCUUCCAACUGGAUGUUGCUAGGAAAGUAGGAGAUGUUGUGCAAACUCUACACCAGCUUUACAGGGCUUCUUGUCUAGAUAAGAUGGGAGAUCAAGCUGCCAUGAUAACUGCUAUAUUGCAGUCACGCUUGGCUAGAACUUCAUUUGAUAAAAACAGAUUUCAAAGCAUUUCUGAAACGCUGCAUAUGGAAUGUAAAGCAGAAAUGGUGACGCCACUGGUGACUAAUCCAGGGCAUGUGUGCGUUAGUGAUGCUAACUUGUACUUCCAGCCUCUUAAUGGAUAUCCUAAACCAGUAGUACAAAUAACACUGCAAAAUGUACGUCGCAUCUAUAAAAGAAGACAUGGGCUGAUGCCACUGGGACUUGAAGUAUUUUGCACAGAAAACGAUCUGUGUUCUGACAUCUACUUGAAAUUCUACAGCUGUCAGGAUCGAGAUGAGGUCUAUCGCCUUAUUGCAAAAUAUAUAGAAAAUCAUAUUGCGGAGCACACAGCUGAGAGUUACGUGUUGCAGUGGCAGCGAGGACAUAUAUCAAAUUACCAGUAUCUUCUCCAUCUCAACAAUCUGGCUGAUAGAAGCUGCAAUGACCUCUCCCAGUAUCCUGUGUUUCCUUGGAUUAUAGCAGACUACUCUAGUUCAGUGUUAGAUCUGACAAAGCCUGAAACAUUUCGUGACCUUAGUAAACCAGUUGGUGCCCUAAAUAAGGAAAGGCUGGAUAGACUUGUGACACGGUAUCAGGAAAUGCCAGAGCCCAAGUUCAUGUAUGGAAGCCAUUAUUCUUCUCCGGGUUAUGUUUUGUUUUAUCUCGUUAGAGUCGCUCCAGAAUACAUGCUCUGUCUGCAGAAUGGAAAGUUUGAUCAUGCUGACAGAAUGUUCAACAGCAUUGCAGAAACCUGGAAAAACUGUUUGGAUGGUGCAACAGAUUUCAAAGAGUUGAUUCCAGAAUUUUAUGAAAAUGAUUCUAGUUUUCUAGUAAAUAGUUUGAAGUUGGACUUGGGAAAAAGGCAAGGUGGAAAGAUGGUUGAAGAUGUAGAGCUUCCACCUUGGGCAUCAGGUCCUGAUGACUUUCUUCAGAAGAGCCAAGAGGCUUUAGAAAGUCCAUACGUAUCAGAACAUCUUCAUGAAUGGAUUGACAUCAUAUUUGGCUACAAGCAGAAAGGAAGUGAAGCAGUUGCAGCUCACAAUGUGUUUCACCCAUUAACUUAUGAAGGAGGAGUGGAUUUAAACAGUAUUAUGGAUCCCAAUGAAAAAGUAGCUCUGCUGACACAAAUCCUGGAGUUUGGACAGACGCCAAAACAGUUGUUUACAACCCCUCAUCCUCAAAGGAAAAUUCAGAAAUUGAAAAGCUUGUCUCGAACAUCUAGUCACAGCACUUCCAUAGCUGAGUCUCCAGUUUCUCCAAUUGAAGAAUCAUUUGAAGAUUUGACAGAAGAAAGUAUAACACUUGCCUGGAACAACAUUGCCAAACUAAAACUAGAUAAGCAAUAUAAAAUUCACAAAGAGGCAAUUACUGGAAUAGCAGUCACUUGCAAUGGGUCUUCUGUUUUCACUACAUCCCAGGAUUCAACUUUGAAGAUGUUUUCCAAAGACUCAAAAACCAUCCAGAGAAGUGUGUCCUUUUCAAACAUGGCUUUGUCAUCUUGUCUAAUCUUACCAGGAGAUACCACUGUCAUAAGUUCUUCAUGGGACAAUCAUAUAUAUUUUUAUUCAAUUGCAUUUGGAAGACAGCAAGAUGUUCUAUUGGGCCAUGAUGAUGCAGUCAGCAAGAUCUGUUGGCGUGAUGGGCGCUUGUUUUCUGCAUCUUGGGAUUCCACUGUGAAGGUGUGGCACUGUGUUCCUGGAGAGAUCUUGAGCAAUAAAAAGCACCACUUUGAACUGCUGGCACAGUUAGAACAUGAUGUUAGUGUAAAUACAAUCGACCUUAAUGCUGCAAAUACCAUCCUGGCAUCUGGAACCAAAGAGGGUACCAUUAGUGUUUGGGAUGUUACUACAGCAACGAUGUUGCACCAGUUGCCACGUCAUUCUGGGACUGUAUUUCAUGCUGCUUUUAGUCCUGACAGCAGACAUCUACUGAGCACAGGGGAGGACUGUUGUUUUAAAGUAAUAGAUGUACAAACUGGAAUGGUUGUAUCUUCUGUGACCACUGAAGAGCCACAGAGAUGCUUCAAAUGGGAUGGAAAUACAAUCUUAUCAGGAUCUCAGUCUGGUGAAUUACUAGUUUGGGACCUUCUUGGAGGAAAAGUUACUGAAAGAAUCAAAGGGCAUACAGGUGCUGUAACAUCCAUGUGGAUGAAUGAACAGUGCAACAGUGUUAUUACAGGAGGGGAAGACAAACAAAUCAUGUUCUGGAAACUGCAAUACUAAGUGCCUUUCCCUCCAGUCAUUUAAAUGAACUCUAAUUUUAAACCAAACCUUUUAAAGGAACUUAACUGUGUGCAAUGAUGGCUGAUGAAGUUCAACCAGAUAGGAAGCUUUGUUGAACCACAACUUUCUAUGUUAUGGUGACUUCGCUGAGAGCUCUUAACUUCAAUAGAGUAUGCAUUUGUUUUUCAUGGACUAUCAUACUGAAAUUGCUUGUGUAAAAUUAUAUCUGAUAUGAAAUUAAAGACUUAUUUUUCUGUAACUAAAGAGCUCUUUACUUGUAGUCAUUGUUUGAUUUGCAUGGAAUGUAUCAUAGCUUGCUGUUUGAACUGCUUUAAAAGAAGAGUCAUUUGCAUUCUUAAUUUAAGCCUUUUAGGGUGUGUGGAGCUUAAUGCUGUCAUGUCAUGUGCAGUCAACCUUUCUUCUUAGUGGAGAUGCAUGUGAUUGUAAAUACUGCUUUAAACACUGCAGGAGCUGCUGUUCUGAGUCCCCAGUCUGGGCUCCUAGACAGUCCUUAGCUGUGGCUAUUUGCAAAGGCAGAAGGCACAAUAAGAACAAAUUCUCUCUUGCUUUUUCCUACUCAAAAACAGCACUAAUGUAUUGGUCUGAAAAAAAGACAAGCAAAAAAUUGAUCUCCUAACAGACCAGUUACACAUACAUGUUUUGGGAUAAAUAUUCCCCUAAUCCUGUGCCUGAAGUUGGAGCAUAAAAGACUAGCACUCCUUCUUUUCCUCAUUUAUAUUACUAUCCUUCUCUUAGUAAUCUUCAGCAUUUUCAUGUUUUGUUUAGUGUUCUUAACCUUCUUUAACUUAAAUCACCUUUGGGAUGGAAUUUUAAUAUGGCAUUUAAACAGAGCUGCAGUUCCUGGGUUUAUCCAAUCCCCCAGCUGUCUUAACCCAGGAACAAAGCAUGUUGCACAAGGAUUACUUUCUCUGUAGGACUUCAGGGUAUCUUUUCCUGGGAAGAGGUGUUCUGCAGUGAAAGACUUGAAAUAUUUAAAGGGUUUAUUUACACCAAUAAGCAUUUGCAUUUGUAAUGCUGCUUGAGUAUGACUGAAGAUCUAUUUAUUUCUCUUUGCUCUUCCUUACUUCUGUGUUGAAGUGUCCUGGCACUGUGUCCAGGGCAAGUGUUCUACUAAGCUGUGUUCAGUCAGAGAUCCUGCCUUGGGUUUGACACCCAAUGCCUAGUCCAAAGCACAGCUGUUUCUUGGUACUGUAAAACAAUCAGCUUAUGGUUAAGCACUGUUCUCUCAUUCCCCCAGUCUUUUAUUAUGCUGGACUGUGAGCUUAUUUUUCAGUAAGGUAAGGGUAUUAAACCAAAGUAGUAUUUAUUUCAGCUGCACUACACCCUUGGCUUAGCAGAUAACUGGAUUUUUAUGUAAUCAAUGAGUGCAUGUGGUAAAGCCACUCAUGGCAAAAGACUAAGCCAUACCAUGCACGGGUGCUGCACCAGUCUCAGUCUUUGUUUCGUGUCUACCUGUUUCUUCACCUUUAAAUUUAUUUAUUUCCCAAACAAAUCUGUGUGUAGGCAAAGAUGAUAGAAUGUGAUUUUUCUACACUUGCCUAGAACUGGCUUGGGUGAAUUCUGGAUUGUCCUUUGUCACUAGGGGGCCCCCUUCUGAGCUAAACAACAUGAAAAUAAUUCAGAACUGAGGAGGUACAAGCUUCAGGGGCAAACUGCCUCAGAGAAUAUAUACCCUUUCAAUUAAACAGGGAUGCAGGGUAUGCGUAGCUCUUGAGUGCAGCUGAGGUUUUCCUUCUGCUGUAAAGCAUGCUCACAAAACAGCCCUUACCCACUGCUUCAUUGCCUAAAGCAACCAUAGCUUUUUAAAGAGGAAAAAACAGUCAACCCUUCCUUGCAAAUUCUUGAAUUUAUGUACAUGCAUUUAACCAUAAGUUACUCUUUAAUGCUAGCUAACAUCUGCCUUAAAACAAGAGCUUUUUUAUUAUUCUUUUACUUCUGGUUGUUAUCUGCUAUAGCUGGAAAUUCUUGUACUGCCAUUCUACUGGAUUGCCCCAGUCGUUCCAGUGAUCUGGCUGAUUAAAAAAAAGUGUUGUCAUCUUACAUUCCUCCAGCAUAAUGUUGUCCUGGUUUACCUUUUUUUUGAGUUUUAGUUUUAGUCAGAUUUGUUCUUAGUAGGGAGUCACAAGAUCUAAGUAACAAAAAUGCCACUUGUUAAGCUGUAAAUAAAGGAGUUUUAAAGUCCAAUUAGAUGUAUAGUCAGCCCUUGCUGACUCAUCUGCUCCUAAAUAAAAACUGGUUAGAAGCACAGAUCAGUGUCUGGGCUCCAGAGAUUUCACAGCUAAGCAAAGGAGCUUGGCAAAGCCUUAGAGAUCACUGCAGGCACAAGGGCUAGCCCCAUGAGGCUGAAUUAUACCAAUGCUACAUGAAGCCACCAAUUACUGUCAGUGUAGGCUUGCCACAGUGGUUCCAGAGACACAUCAUUUAGUAACCAAAGUCCCAUUAUAUUGGCGUGCAGAAUGAAUUUGAUCACCUCUCCAGCCUGAAGUGCUGUAAUGGUUUUCUCUGGGUUACCAUAACUGAGAAAUUAAUUUGAGAAACAGCAAGCUACAUAACAAGACUUCCUGACUGCUGAACUUCAGUCCUUCCUGGAAGAGCAGGUUUCCCAGCCCUGCUUUUCCUAACAACAGGAAAAGCUACAAUUAGCUACAGAUGCUGAUGAAGAAGUGGCAGAUGAGACUGUUUAUUGCAGACUGCCAAGCUCUGAAGUGUUUGCCUUGCUUUUUGGCGUGAUCUCUUAUAAUCUUUUGCAGUAAAUAUCCCUUAAAUGGACAAGCAAAAAAAUAAUUAAGAUGCCAUCACCCCCAGACCCUGGAUCCAUGUAAGUUCUGAAGAAAUAGCUAAAGUGAUUCCCCAAAUCUGUCUUUACAAAAUAAUACCUCUGAAGUACUAUACUGAACUGAAGUUCUUUGCUUACAUUCAUGCUGCUCCCAGCUACGAGGAAAAGUGAAGUUCAGUAAUCAUCGAUUUCGUAGCUGAAACCUGGAACAGAGCAGAGGGGGAAAAAUACUAAAAGGGCAAUCACUAAACUUCAAGUCUCAGUUGAACAUGCCUGUAACCCGUUGUGGGGGGCUCAUCCCAGUGAUCAGCUAAGGCCAUCCUGAGCUGCUCACUCACCCUGUCCCACAUAAAGAGGGGCAAGAGACUGAAAAGGGCAAAAGCUAGGAAAAUUUGUGGAUUGCAAUAGAUGGGAGAACUAAGCAAAGGGAAAAUAGGAAGUGGGGAAGGGAAAAAAAGUGAUGCAAAGGUAACCGUUCCCCUAUUCCCUCAGCAGACUGAUGCCCAGACCAACAACUGCCAUGGAAAAAUUUCCCCCUAAUUAUUGCUGAGCAUAAUGUUAAAUGCUGUUGAAUUUUCCUUUGGCCAGUUUGGGUCAGUGUUCCCAGCUGUGCUCCCUCUCAGCCUCCUGUUGUUCCCUGGGGGCAGGGGAAAGAGUGAGAAGCAGGAGAGGCCUUGACACUGUGCACAUGCAACUCAGCAAACACCCUGCUGCGUUAUCAGCCCUGCUUUGGUCACAGGACUCCAACACAGCCCCAUACCCGCUCCUACAAGAAAACUUCAUCCUGGCCAGAUCCAGCACACCCAGCAAGCUGCAGGCAGUUUUACAGUAAAAUUGCAACUCUGCAAUUAGUACAUCUUGUAGAACAGCUGGCUGCUAUUCCAUAUGUUAAGCUUAAGCUGUAAAGAGAGUUAAAAUAAUAAGAGGGCUUGGGUUGGAAGGGAUUUAAAGAUCACCUAGUUCCCAACUCCCAGCCAUGGGUAUGGGCACCUUCCACUUGACCAGGUUGCUGGGGUCCCAUCCAGCCUGACCUUAAACACUUUGAAGGAUGAGGCUUCCACAGCUUCUCUGGGCAACCUGUUCCAGUGCCUCACCACUCUCAUAGUGAAGAAUUUUUUCCAAUAAACACCUCUUAUUUAAAGUAGUCCAGAGCUACCCUUCUAAAACAUUUCAAUAUUAAAAUGAAUAAGUGUUUUUAAAUAUUUUAAAAUAUUUUAACUGCAUUUUCUACCUCAGUUGUUGGCUGGAACUGACCUUGAUAAAACAAGCCUGUUUUAGCUUAUCUUAAGUAUGUACACACACAGGAGGUAAAGUUUUGGUCAUUUAUUUGGUUAUGUCUGAAUCCUUAGAAGAACAUGGUUAAGGCGAGAGAUAAGCAAAUUAGUUACAAUUCAUAUAACAAGUAAUAAAAAGAUUCGAGUAUCUGUACACUACUUUAAUUAACCCUUACUUACUGACUGAUGCCUUGAGCUAUAUUCAGCUAGGUGGCAUUUUUGUGUAAACAGUAUUUACUAGAACAAAAAAAUUAACUAGUACUAGCCUUACUUCUAAUACACUAUUUCAAAUCUACUCUUGCAAACAAAAAGCAGUAAAAAUACUCAUUUGUCUUAGACAUACAAAGCACAGCAUUGUCCUGGGUAACAGCAUGUAGCUUUGCAAGUGAUACCUGGUUCCUUUAGUUGCAAUGGCUUAUAGUAGUAGUAAGCUAAA